AUGGAGCACAAGCACAAAUACGAGCAGUUCAAAGGCCAACCGAGACUACCCAAAUUUGCGGCUCCUAGACGUUACGAUAUCAAGCUCAAGCCCGACCUCGUCACCUGCAAGUUCUCCGGCGCUGUCGAAAUAUCCGUCGACGUUGUGGCCGAAACCAAAUUCAUCGUCUUCAAUGCCGCCGAUCUUGCCAUUGACUCCAGUUCCGUCCGCUUCACAGAUCAGACCGGCUCCAAGGUGCUGAAGGCUCUGGAGGUUGAGCUGUUCGAAGAUGAUGAGAUCGUGGUGGUGGAGUUUCCCGAGAAUCUCUCGCCUGGCAUUGGUGUUUUGUGCGUUGCCUUCGAAGGAACCCUAAAUGACAAAAUGAAAGGCUUCUACAGAAGCACUUAUGAGCAUAAUGGGGAGAAGAAGAACAUGGCUGUGACGCAGUUUGAACCAGCUGAUGCAAGACGGUGCUUUCCGUGUUGGGAUGAACCUGCUUGUAAGGCUACAUUCAAGAUCACAUUAGAAGUGCCAGCUGAACUUGUAGCUCUUUCCAAUAUGCCUGUUUUUGAUGAAAAAGUGGAUGGCAGCAUCAGGACAGUAUGCUACCAGGAAUCACCUAUCAUGUCUACAUAUCUGGUGGCAGUUGUCAUUGGUUUGUUUGAUUAUGUGGAAGAUCAUACGCCUGAUGGGAUAAAAGUUCGUGUCUAUUGCCAAGUUGGUAAAGCAAGUCAAGGGAAAUUCGCUUUGGAUGUUGCUGUCAAAACACUUGAACUUUACAAAAAGUACUUUGAAGUGCCGUAUUCACUGCCUAAAUUAGAUAUGGUGGCGAUCCCUGAUUUUGCUGCUGGAGCCAUGGAAAACUAUGGUCUAGUUACAUAUCGUGAAACAGCCUUACUGUAUGAUGAUAAGCAUUCUGCAGCUGCUAAUAAGCAGAGGGUUGCGACUGUUGUGGCCCAUGAACUUGCACACCAGUGGUUUGGCAAUCUGGUGACAAUGGAAUGGUGGACCCAUCUUUGGCUGAAUGAAGGAUUUGCAACAUGGGUGGAGAUCAAUCAUGCAGCUGAGAUAGAUGAAAUAUUUGAUGCAAUUAGUUAUAGGAAAGGUGCAUCUGUUAUUCGCAUGCUACAAAGCUAUCUUGGUCCUGAAUGUUUUCAGCGGGCACUUGCUUCAUACAUAAAAAAGUAUGCUUGCUCAAAUGCAAAAACCGAGGAUUUGUGGGCUGUCCUUGAAGAGGAAUCUGGCCAACCAGUGACAAAGAUAAUGAAUUCAUGGACGAAGCAAAAGGGUUACCCCGUGGUCUCUGUGAAAGUUAACGAUAAAGAGUUGGUGUUUGAGCAGGUUUUUUAUAUUGAUGCUUUUCACCCAUUGACUUUUAAGAUUGGAUAA